GAGCUUUCGCACAUGCAAGAGGUAGAGCAAUAGAGAGGGACGGAUAUCCUCGCAAUGCGCAGUCUUGGGCUCUUCCCUCAUUCACCAUGUUCGCGCAGCCGCGCCUUCCAUUCUCGAGCAUUCACUUCCUGGGAGCCGUCCUCAUUCACCUUCAUCGUCGCCUAGCUUUUCGGCAUCAAGCUUUAACGCAUCCAUGCGGACGCCUUUGGAACUCUGACUCACCGCGGGGGCGGGAGCGGGAGCGGGAGCGCGGGAACGGAAUUACUGGGCCUGCUGCGAGCUUCAUUUCGAAGGCGCGAUUGCUCACAUUUCCGGCGGCAUGAAACGUUAGGCCAUGUAUUGCAGUGAUGGGUCAUUUGCAGCCAUCGAUAUCUCGCCCGUACUUUCAGGGG